UUCUGUAUAUUGCAUUUUUUCCUCUCUCUAGCAAAAAAAACUGAUAUAAAAAUAAGAACAUCAUCUGAUAUCAUAAAAAGAACAUACAAGAAGAUGGCGAUGGUAUCACCAUUGGCAAAGUUUAAGUUGGUAUUUCUAGGCGAUCAGUCUGUUGGUAAAACUAGCAUCAUCACACGCUUCAUGUACGACAAAUUCGAUGCCACUUAUCAGGCUACUAUUGGAAUUGAUUUCUUGUCGAAAACAAUGUAUCUUGAAGAUCGAACUAUACGUUUACAGCUCUGGGAUACUGCUGGGCAAGAAAGGUUUAGGAGUCUGAUUCCCAGCUACAUCAGAGAUUCGUCUGUUGCUGUGGUCGUGUACGAUGUUGCAAACCGCCAAUCAUUUUUGAACACUGCCAAGUGGAUCGAGGAGGUACGGACAGAACGAGGAAGUGAUGUCAUCAUAGUCCUUGUUGGUAACAAAACUGAUCUUGUUGAUAAAAGGCAAGUAUCAAUUGAAGAAGGAAAUUUAAAAUCUCAAGAGUGUGGAGUUAUGUUUAUUGAGACGAGCGCAAAAGCUGGAUUCAAUAUCAAGCACCUGUUUCGAAAGAUUGCUGCUGCCUUGCCAGGGAUAGAAACCCUCUCAUCAACGAAACAGGAUGACAUGGUUGACGUGAACCUAAAGCCCGCUAGUAGCUCUACCCAAUCAGAUCAGCAAGGGGGAGGCUGUAUGUGCUAGAGAACUCCAAUGAAGGUCUCUCCAUGCUGACUUCUAUAUCAUUUUCUUCUAGGCUCCAAUGUACAACGAAAAUACUGUUGGUAAAUCAGCUUCCUCUAUAAGUACAGUGUCAAAGUUGUUUCCAGUCUAAAAACGAGGAAUUUGAAGGUGAUUGCAUACAA